GCCUGAUUUUUACUAAUGCCUGUGUCUGCCCUCUCCCCAGGUGUCAACCUUCACAAGAAGCGGGCCGCCAACUACACGGAUGUUUCUGUGCUGAGCCGUGACCAGGAGGUCUGCGCCAUGUGCUGGGAGAGUCCCCUGGAGUCUGAGGUGCUGCUGGGCUGUCUGAACGGCACGGUGAAAGUCUUCAGCACGGAGAAGGAGAAGUUCACGGAAUUCCGGGAUUGCUCCGGAGGGGAAGGGCCUUUCCGAGGCCUGGCGACGUAUGACAA